ACAAUCCCUGUUUGAAGUCAUCAGAGUAAAGCUGUAAUGAGGGAGGUCAUUUUUGUGUUGUCCAUUGAGACACAAACCAAACUGUAAGAACUAACUGUCAACUUGUUUGAGGAACUAACAUUUUUUCAACAUUAUUAACCACUGCUGGCGAUUCAUUGCAAUGGGACAACAACAACUGAUAAAGACAACAAUUAGCAUAGGUGUGCAGAUUACUUUAGCCAAUAGGGAUGCAUGAGUAAAUCUUCACAAUGUGAUUGGUGCCUUAGAGGCCGACGGGACAUCGUGGACAGAUUUAAAAAGACACAACUGUUGCAUCUGGAGGACAGUCACUGAGACGGUGAAGCGAUGGCUCGUCUCACAACUCUUCUCUUUGCCAUGUGGCUUGGUGUGACAGUGAGCACAGUGGUUGAUCUGGAGAAGAGAAUCUUCGGAGGUAAAGAGUGUGGACCAAAGGAGCGUCUGUACCAUGUCAAGGUGUCAAUCACUGGCACCGACCAAAAACGGUACCUUUGUGGCGGCACUCUGAUCAGUGACCAGUGGAUUCUGACUGCAGCUCACUGCUUUAAGCCAGGAGGGAGGUUCACUGCAUAUAUAGGCGUGCAUCCUGCUUUUCCUAAUAAAGUGGCGAUCAAAGACCCAGCUGAGAUCUUCAACGACGGCAAGCAACACGACCUCAUGUUGCUGAAGCUGCCUAAAGCAGUAGGUAACAAACCUGUACAACUUCCCGACUGUCAACAUCCUCCUAAGAUAGGUGCCGUGGUUCAGGUGGCAGGUCAUGGUCGCACAAAGCUUGGCCCAAAUAAUGAAAAACUGCGUAGUUCUUCAGACACUCUGCAAUGUGCUGAUAUGAACAUCGUCGACUGUCAAGUUCAAAGACAUGAGCACUGGAUCUGUUACAGAGCACCUUCGAUGGAUACAGGUCGCGGUGACUCUGGUGGAGGAGUGGUGUACAAGGACAGGAUUUACGGUGUACAUGUAAAGGGUCAUAGUGAAUAUGCCUUUUAUUCAUCAGCUAAAGCAAUGGACCUCUGUUAUAAGCCAUACUUUGACUGGAUCAAGAAUACUAUCAAGCAACCAUGAGCAAAGGCAGCUUCUGGUUAAUGGUGAAAUUCAUAUUCAAAAGAAAUUUCACAUCUUAAUUCACAGUUGAUGACAUUGUUUAUUAAAUCUUUAAUUAUCAUUUGUUAAUUUGUGAAAUAUUUGUUAUGCAAUUGUAUAGGAAAUAAAAUUUGUAAAAAAUUUGUAAAAAUAAACAAUUGUGCAUUUUCCCAAAUGUAAAUUCUAAAGAUGGCUUCUGUUAUCAUACAGUCAUUGUAUCGGAAACAAAACUAUAACGGUAGACAUAAUAAUAGCCUGUUCUUCUUUUACCAAUAUUAAAAAGAAAAUUAUAAAUUGUACUUUCUUUUCCAAAUGUUCGUCAACUGAAAUAAAAUGAGUAUCAAUGCA